AUGAAUCGCUUGCCAACACUUGAUCCUCAUGUCCUUACCAUUGCAGACCUCAAGGAGGCAGCAUGCCGUGAUAUGCCGGCAAUGUACAGAGGUGAUGCCGACAAUGAGGCAGCCUUCAAUCGUUACAAGAUCCGACCUCGAGUAUUGAUCAAUACUGCAGGACCUUUCGGAUUUAGCCCAGCAGCAAUGCAUGGACUAGCUCAUCCAGAUGGCGAACUCGCAACCUCGCGCGCUGCAGCGAACUCAAACAUUUGCAUGGGUCUGUCAGUCUUUGCAACACAAGGUCUUGAAGACGUGAUAGCUCAGAGCAGUGGAAAUCCGUACUUUAUGCACAUCUCGAUGAUCAAAGACAAGGUGGCGUGUGCGAAUACUAUCAAACGUGCUGAGUCUGCUGGGUACAAAGCCAUCUUUCUCUCGGUGGAUGUACCGGUACUUGGGCAAAGAUUGAAUGAGCAUAAGAAUAAAUUCGAGCUACCUGAAGAACUUCGGUGGCCGAAUUUGACCGCUAUUGGUGAAGGGCUCGAAUAUGACGCAACAAUUGAAUGGCACACUGCGAUACCAUGGAUGCGAUCACAGACCAAACUAGAGAUAUGGCUCAAAGGUAUCGCAUCGCCUGAAGAUGUCGCUCUAGCGAUACAACACAAGGUUGAUGGUAUCAUGAUCUCUAACCAUGUACCCGCAACACUUGAUAGCCUUCGAGACUGUGCUUCUGUCGCCAAAGGCAAGAUUCCGAUUGCGUUUGAUGGUGGCGUGAGAAGGGGCAGCGAUAUCUUCAAAGCAUUGGCGUUGGGUGCAGAUUUUGUGUUCAUGGGCAGAGUGCCGAUAUGGGGUCUUGCUUACAAGGGGCAGCAAGGUGUUGAACUUGCGGUCAAGAUCCUGAUGGCCGAGUUGCGUAUGACCAUGGCAUUUGCUGGGUAA